AUGGAUGACAACGAGGUGCCUUCAGACCGAGUUCGUCCCCAGGGGAAGGCCCCUACGCUGCGCCCCGAGUCUGAGAACGCAGAAUGGAUGAGAAGAGCCUGUCUUCAAUGUCUCGCGGCGUACGAUCAAUCGUGGGGCUUGUUGUCGAUGGUCUUCCUGAAGGCGGGCACAAAAAUCACAGCGGACGAUCAGGACGUCGAUUCCCUUGACAAGAUGUGCAAGGAACUCUGGCGGGCAAAGGGCGAGAACCCAACCGGACUCCACCCAGGACGUGUGGUGGAGGUGACAAUCGAUGACGAAGGCAUCGAGACUGCCACCCAGCCCCUGGACAGCACCCGGGCGUAUGUCAUCAAGAGGGAUGAGGAUGGAAAGCUGGAGUGGCCGCUCUUGGCUUGGGACGCGAUCACUUUCCGGGCUGUCAAGCCCACCACGAGACCUGACUACACGCUCUUGACGCAGUCUCAGAGGGAGGACCUGGCAAUGCAUGGUGCAGAUUCAACGAUGAGGCCAUGGAAUCUGAUGUACCAGACAAUUGAGGCGGCCUCCAAGGCUCGCGCCUCCGUCAAGAAGAGCAAGGCAUCUUCAGGCUCUGCCUCGACCUCGGUGGUAAAAAAAUCAAGGGCAGUCGCGCAGCUGUGGAAAGAGAUUGCAGAGGAUUCAAGAGGCCUUCCAAUCUUUCAGGGCUCAGUGGAUUGGGACAAGGUCUGUUCAAGCAAUCAUUCUCUCGAGCUACUGGAGGGGUUCCUGGAGGAGACUCAGCAGCUCGCCGCGAAACAGUCUGCCGGUUCCGACCUGGACAAGGCGUACUUUCUGAUGUCGCGCGCCGGGGGCACUGUAUAUACCAUCAAAGCGCCGCGAGACUUCUUUGCGAAACAGACUGAGACGGGUGAGGCGCUCUUGGUCGGUAUGGAAGUUGUCGAUAGCAACGAAGAGCGGACUACUGAUCGUCCAAUCCCCUCCCCUCACUCCUUCGCGUCAGAUGGCCCAGGAAGCGACGUCGACUCGUUCCUACUUCCUGAAGGUGAUGGUCAAGAGCUGAUGCCAUCUUGGGCCUUUGAGUCGGCCCCGCCUCAAAGCCCUUCAAAGAGCGCGGCCACGCUCGGCGCAAUGGUGGAAGAGAGUCGGCCCUGGGAGCUUGCCGAACAAACCAUUGCGGAGACAGGAGAUGCCGAGUCGAGCGGAGACCCUGAGUCGGGCGUGAAUGACGGACCCACGCUAUGGGUGGGUCCUAUGUCAAACCCGGAUGUGGAGCCUGACCUGAGGGUCCAAGACACGGUGAAUAGCGGGGAUGGAGACACGACUUCCGGCACGAUGGGCAGUGGUGAAAGGUCUGAGUCCCAGCAUGAGGGCGAGACUCAAGCCACGAUGCAGGCUCCCCAGCAGCUCCAGCCAGCUCUCGAGGGAUUCCCGGAGAGGAAGAUGACCCUGUGGGAAACCCGGGCUCACAAAUCAUCUUUCUUGAUGUACCUUACCGAGAUGGCGGUCGCCGCUACAACAGACUACAAGAUCGGCGAGACGCCACAGGAUCUGGACCGACUGAAUGAAUUGUGCAAGGAUGUCGAUGCGACCUAUGGUAGCGACGAGACAGCUGCCUCGCGCAGAGACCAUGCGAGGCUGAUGUUCGUCCUGAACGCUCCACCUGGGGGCGAAAUCACAUGGGAGAAGCGCCAAUACCGCGACGUGGACUGGACCAAAGCGAGUGUUCUGAAUCACACGGGGCACCCCAAGGAUGACCGACUCGAGGCGGACGAGCGUCAAGAGCUGGACACAAUCCUUCAAGACACCUCUCUUCCGCGGUGGGAGCGGGUCUUCCGGGCGGCAGUAUUCAGGAGAGGCGUAUCGACGUCCCGAGAGAAACAGCGACGGGAGGAUGCGAAGAGGAAGAGGGCAGCCAGUGACGCGCUACCUGCAACAGGGGCAUCGAAGCGGACCUCAGCGAAGGGCCAGUUUAAGUCCUUUCUGCUCUCCUUUCCUCCAUCGCCUAGGGACCAUCCGAGCGAGGCCUCAAACCUGCGGGAGGAACUCGAGCGAGAAGAAGGGUGGUGCAAGUGUCCUGCCACUUCUCUCAUUCUUAAUAUGGAGCUGUUCACAUAUGAUCGUUCAGCCGUAUCGGUUGUUUUGAAGCCCCGUCGACCUUCUGACACUAAGGCGAGGGAUCGCUGCGCUCCUUUGUCAACUGUUCCCUGGAGCACGCCAUCAAUGGACACCGAUGCCGGCUCCUUUGAAGGGGACACCAGCUUCUUGCACGUCGCCGCAGGACGAUCAACCACGCAACACGAGCCCACCGAUGCUGAACUGGAGGAGCUGUUCAUGGCCUACCCGGCCACUGACGUUCUGGAUCGAGGUGGAGUGGGUGGUCUGGAAGAGACUGACGCCGGCGGCGAUCCUGCUGAGCUGAGCGGCUGCGAGGGCAUGCGCGGUGCUGAGUAUGUGUCAGAGGCGGACACCGCGCUCUACGCAGGUCACGGCGAAUCGUCCACGGCUAUCUCCAGCAGCAAUCUGUCCGAGCCGCUGAGGAGCAACACGCCGACGCAUCCGCAGAAGACGGCGAGGACAAAGGCGCGGGCGUCGCGUCGCGCCAUUCCGCGAGACUCAGCGGUCGUACCAAGGUCGAGGAUCAACCGACCCAUCCGCCUGUCCUCAUAUAUGCGCUGGCUGACCGAUAUCAAGGUCUGCAUUACCAAGAGCAGCAAGAUCGGGCAUACAGACGAUGACUUUGUGAAGCUCGAGCGCCUGUGCAGAGAGGUCAAGGCGCACAGAGCAAAGGUCAUCACCGACAGCGGCGGCAACAGCGACGACACCCCAAAGGAUGUUAUGGCUCGCGCGACAAUGGAGUCAUACGUUCUGGAUGCUUCUCCGGAGACCACGUGGACUUGGACACGACUGGCCCGGAAGGAGAUCGACUGGGACAGCAUCCAAGAACUGAAGAAUGUCGGCCGUCCCCAAAAUGACCUUCUCACGUUGGAUGAGCAGACCGAGAUGGCCGGAAUACAGCAGAGCGCUACAUUCCAACCUUGGGAGAAGCUGUACGAAGCUACGAUGCUGCGGAGGCGGUCUGCAGCGGCUCGGCGAAAGCGGAACGUACAUGAUGGGAACGACGAGCCAGCUCUUGGCACGGCGUGA